GUGGUUUCUUCCAAUGAGGAUGCGUUUCGGGUUCCGGUCACGGAUCCACCCCCGACGCCGCCGCCUUCGCUGCCGACGUUUCCUCCGGAGGUGGGAGAAGUUGACCCUUCGAUCUUUGCCACAGCCGAGCCGACCACUUCCUGGCGGCCCCAGGGACCAUUCGCAG